AUUGAAACUGUAACUGUAUGCUUUUUUUGUUAUUUGUUGUUUGUAGGCUAUCAUUGUAUCAGUAUUGAGUUUUAUAAAAAUUAAUUAUUAUUACAGAGUUUUUAAAACUUUGAGGACUAGGCCUAUUUAGACCUGAAUUUUACUCGAUAAAUUGUAACAUAGGCAAUUGGCAAUAAUUAAAUUUUAUGUUUAAACUGGUUGUUGGAGAAAUGUUAGGCAUAGGCCUAGGCUAGUUUUGGACUAAUUUAUUGCCCUGUGACCUAGCUGAUGUUAAAUUCGUUUUAGUCCGUACCAAAAAUGGGCCCUUCAACAUAUUUGGUGACAAAUCGAUGUUUCAAAAUUCUUAAGCCUACACGAUGUAUUUGUCAGCAUUUCAGAUAUCAUAAUGGACUUGGUUUUAAUAGGCCUAAUACAUUUUCUGAAGAGUAUAAAACUUUGUACACUCAUACCACUGUGCUACAAAAAGUUGUAUUGUCUAUUGGAUCAUCUGUAGUGUCACUUUUAGAUCCAACCAGAGGAGAUAUGAUCUCUAUCCUAGGAGAGGUGUCAGGCGAGAGAGCUUUGAGGCACAUGCACAAAACACUUUUAGAUAGUGAAGAAGGAAGUAUGAUUCUAAGGGAAACUCCACGUAUUAGUUCAAAAACCAUUGAUCUUCAAAAAUUAAAAUCAUUACCAGAAGGAACAGUUGGGAAAGUUUACCACAACUUCUUAGAACAAAAUAAAGUGUCUCCUGAUUCAAGACUACCUGUGCAAUUUGUAGAUGAUGUAGAACUUGCUUAUGUGAUGCAAAGAUAUCGAGAAACUCACGACUUAAACCAUGCAGUUCUUGGAAUGCCUACUAAUAUGCUUGGAGAGGUUACUGUCAAGUGGGUGGAGGCAUUUCACACCCAGCUGCCCAUGUGUUUCGGAGGAGCUCUCUUUGGUGCUAUGCGAUUUAGAUCUAAGCAAAGACAAAAGUACAUCACUAGGUAUCUUCCCUGGGCCAUUCAAACAGGACUGAAUAGCAAACCUUUGCUUUGUGUGUACUUUGAGAAGAGAUGGGAACAGCCUAUUUCUGAGUUGCAUAAAGAGUUGAACAUUGUGCCUCUAGAACCAGUUUAGAUGACAAGACAAAAGUGGCGUUCGCAGAGGCAUCCACAAAAUUGAGCGGAGUCGUCAAGGGUUCAUAUUAGGCUAUAUUGUUUUUGUCAUACUGCAGUAAAAACAGUCGUUUGGAAUGCGUGCGUUUUGGGCCUAAAGUAGCACUCUUUAGGGAGUAAAAAUAGUUUUUAGCCUCCAUGAAGUAAAAAUCAGCUGUUGUGAACUCAGUUGUAAAUUUCUAUUGUAAACGAUUGCAUGUAUCGAAAUAUGUAUCGAUUCGUGCUUCGUAAUCAUUUUAACCUACAAUCAUUGACUAUACACCUCUGUAUAGUCAAUGCUACAAUCUACAGUCUCUUCCCAUAGCAUUUUAGCAUUGCAGAUACAUUGAUCUAUUCCCACACUCAACAUUGCUCACCUUCUCACUACUUCCUUCGCCACCCCCUACGUCGUGGACCUGUUUCCCUCUCUUCCCAUAGCAUUUUAGGAUUGCAGAUACAUUAAUGUAAUUGCCAAAGAGAGUUCCCACACUCUGCACUGCAAGCCUUACUACUUCCUUCACCAUUUCCUACGUCAUAGACCUGUUUCCUUCCCUUCUCAUAGCAUUUUAGGAUUGAAGAUACAUUAAUCUAACUGCCACAGACGGUUCAUCCACUAUGCUCAUACAUUAUUACUUCCUAAGCCACUUCCUACAUCGUGGACCUGUUUUCAUCACUUUACAUAGCAUUUUAUUAUUUUAGAUACGUUAAUCUAAUUGCCGCAAACAUUGCCCACACUCCAUACUGCUAGCCUUUACUACUUCUUUCACCAUUUUCUAUUUCGUGGGCAUGCUUCCAUCCCUUCUAAUGGCAUUUCAGCAUUGCAGAUAAAUCAAUCUAACUGCUACAAACGGUUUCCAGUUCCCACACUCCACAAUGCUCUCCUUACUACUUCCUUCACCUCUUCUUACGUCGCGGACCUGUUUCCCUCUCUUCCCAUCGAAUUUUAAGAUUGUAGAUACCUUAAUCUAAUCGGCAUAAACAGUUCCCACACUCCGGACAGCUCGCCUUGACUAUUUCCUUCACCACUUCCUAUGUCUCGGACCUGUUUCCCUCCCUUCCCUUAGCAUUAUUGGAUUGCAAAUACCUUUUGGUCAUAAACAGAUCCCACACUCCGAACAACUGGCCUUUACUACUUCCUUCACCACUUCCUACGUCACCAACCUGAUUCUCUCACUUUCCAUAGCAUUUAAGGACUGCAGAUACCUUAAUCUAAUCGUCAUAAAGAUUUCCCACACUCCGAAAAACCCGCCGUUACUACUUCCUUCACCAGUUCCUACGUCUCUGACCUGUUUCCCUCCCUUCCCUUAGCAUUAUUGGAUUGCAAAUAACUUAAUCUAUCGGUCAUAAACAGAUCCCACAAUCCGGACAGCUCGCAUUUACUACUUCCUUCACCACUUCCUACGUCACGGACCUGUUUCCCUCCCAUUCCAUAGCAUUUUAGGAUUGCAGAUACCUUAAUCUAAUCGUCAUAAACAGUUCCCACACUCCGGACAGCUCGCCUUUACUACUUCCUUCACCACUUCCUACGUCACGGACCUGUUUCCCUCCCUUCCCAUAGCAUUUUAGGAUUGCAGAUACCUUAAUCUAAUCGUCAUAAACAGUUCCCACACUCCGAACAACUCGCCUUCACUACUUCCUUCACCACUUCCUACGUCAAGGACCUGUUUCCCUCCCUUUCCAUACCAUUUUAGGAUUGCAGAUACAUUAAUCAAAUCGUCAUAAACAGUUCCCACACUCCGAAAACCCCGCCUUUACUACAUCCUUCAUCACUUCCUAUGUCACGGCCCUGUUUUCCUCCCUUCCUUAGCAUUAUUGGAUUGAAGAUACCUUAAUCAAUUGGUGAUAAACAGAUCCCACACUCCAGACAACUCGCCUUUAGUACUUCCUUCACCACUUCCUACGUCACGGACCUGUUUUCCUCUUUUUCCCUCCCUAUAGCAUUAUAAGAUUGCAAAUACCUUAAUCUAAUGGUCAUAAACAGAUCUUAUACCCCGGACAGUUCGUCUUUACUGCUUCCUUCAUCACUUCCUACGUCACAGACCUGUUUACCUCCCUUACCAUAGCAUUUUAGGAUUGCAAAUACCUUAAUUUUAGGAUUGCAAAUACCUUAAUCUAAUGGUCAUAAACAGUUUCCACACUCCGGACAGCUCACCUUGACUACUUCCUUCACCACUUCCUACGUCGCGGACCUGUUUUCCUCUUUCUCCCUUCCCAUAGCUUUUUAGGAUUGCAAAUACCUUAACCAAAUGGUCAUAAACAGAUCCUAUACCCCGAACAGUUCGCCUUUACUGCUUCCUUCAUCACUUCCAACAUCACGGACCUGUUUCCCUCCCUUCCCUUAGCAUUAUUGGAUUGCAAAUAACUUAAUCUAUCGGUCAUAAACAGAUCCCACAAUCCGGACAGCUCGCAUUUACUACUUCCUUCACCACUUCCUACGUCACGGACCUGUUUCCCUCCCAUUCCAUAGCAUUUUAGGAUUGCAGAUACCUUAAUCUAAUCGUCAUAAACAGUUCCCACACUCCGGACAGCUCGCCUUGACUAUUUCCUUCACCACUUCCUAUGUCUCGGACCUGUUUCCCUCCCUUCCCUUAGCAUUAUUGGAUUGCAAAUACCUUUUGGUCAUAAACAGAUCCCACACUCCGAACAACUGGCCUUUACUACUUCCUUCACCACUUCCUACGUCACCAACCUGAUUCUCUCACUUUCCAUAGCAUUUAAGGACUGCAGAUACCUUAAUCUAAUCGUCAUAAAGAUUUCCCACACUCCGAAAAACCCGCCGUUACUACUUCCUUCACCAGUUCCUACGUCUCUGACCUGUUUCCCUCCCUUCCCUUAGCAUUAUUGGAUUGCAAAUAACUUAAUCUAUCGGUCAUAAACAGAUCCCACAAUCCGGACAGCUCGCAUUUACUACUUCCUUCACCACUUCCUACGUCACGGACCUGUUUCCCUCCCAUUCCAUAGCAUUUUAGGAUUGCAGAUACCUUAAUCUAAUCGUCAUAAACAGUUCCCACACUCCGGACAGCUCGCCUUUACUACUUCCUUCACCACUUCCUACGUCACGGACCUGUUUCCCUCCCUUCCCAUAGCAUUUUAGGAUUGCAGAUACCUUAAUCUAAUCGUCAUAAACAGUUCCCACACUCCGAACAACUCGCCUUCACUACUUCCUUCACCACUUCCUACGUCAAGGACCUGUUUCCCUCCCUUUCCAUACCAUUUUAGGAUUGCAGAUACAUUAAUCAAAUCGUCAUAAACAGUUCCCACACUCCGAAAACCCCGCCUUUACUACAUCCUUCAUCACUUCCUAUGUCACGGCCCUGUUUUCCUCCCUUCCUUAGCAUUAUUGGAUUGAAGAUACCUUAAUCAAUUGGUGAUAAACAGAUCCCACACUCCAGACAACUCGCCUUUAGUACUUCCUUCACCACUUCCUACGUCACGGACCUGUUUUCCUCUUUUUCCCUCCCUAUAGCAUUAUAAGAUUGCAAAUACCUUAAUCUAAUGGUCAUAAACAGAUCUUAUACCCCGGACAGUUCGUCUUUACUGCUUCCUUCAUCACUUCCUACGUCACAGACCUGUUUACCUCCCUUACCAUAGCAUUUUAGGAUUGCAAAUACCUUAAUUUUAGGAUUGCAAAUACCUUAAUCUAAUGGUCAUAAACAGUUUCCACACUCCGGACAGCUCACCUUGACUACUUCCUUCACCACUUCCUACGUCGCGGACCUGUUUUCCUCUUUCUCCCUUCCCAUAGCUUUUUAGGAUUGCAAAUACCUUAACCAAAUGGUCAUAAACAGAUCCUAUACCCCGAACAGUUCGCCUUUACUGCUUCCUUCAUCACUUCCAACAUCACGGACCUGUUUUCCUCCCCUCCCAUAGCAUUUUAGGAUUGCAAAAACCUUAAUCUAAUGGUCAUAAACAGAUCCUAUACCCCGAAUAGUUCGCCUUUACUACAUCCUUCAUCACCUUAAUAUAUUCGUCAUGAACAGUUCCCACACUCCGGACAGCUCACCUUGACUACUUCCUUCACCACUUCCUACGUCGCGGACCUGUUUUCCUCUUUCUCCCUUCCCAUAGCUUUUUAGGAUUGCAAAUACCUUAAUCUAAUGGUCAUAAACAGAUCCUAUACCCCGAAUAGUUCGCCUUUACUACAUCCUUCAUCACCUUAAUAUAUUCGUCAUGAACAGUUCCCACACUCCGGACAACUCGCCUUGACUACUUCCAUCACCACGUCCUACGUCGCGGACCCAUUUUCUUCCCUUCCCAUAGAAUUUUUGGAAUGCAGAUACCUAAUUCUAAUCGUCACAGUUUCCACACUCCAGACUGCUCACCUUUACUACUUCCUUCACCACUUCCUACGUCACGGAUCUCAAGCUUGUGUCGUCAUUUGAUUAUAAUUUAUGAUUCAUACCGUUUCUGUUCUAAUAUCUGUGGAUUAAUGCUAUCAGCUAUUUCUUUAUCUACUGCAUUUAAAAGUCAUCAGCUGAUCAUAUGUUUUUGUUUAUGUGUCAAAUACUGCUUCCAUAAGGAUUACAUUGAAACUUUGAGACCCAGUGGGGCAGAUUCCUGAGAGACUUUUUUAACGCCAUAUAGAUGUUGGCACUCACCAAUAUGGUCUUUAUCACCAUGCAAAAUUUGAAAACAAUUGAUUCAGCCGUCUAGGAGGAGUUUGCGUAUUACGAAAUGCAUAAGAGUCGAACUAUAAGAGCUUCGCUCGCUUCGCCCGCUCCGCUCAAAAAUUUGUGUUGUAUAAUCAAGUCUUACCAAUUAAUUGCAAAUUGAAUGGAUAGACUGCAUUUUUUAGUGAAAAGUUUUCUUUAGAAGCAUGCAAAUAACACCACAUAACCUACAACGUAAACCUACAAAAACAAUACAGGACGUAAAAAACACAUACAUUUAAACACGAACAAGUAUAAAACAUAUUACGAACGAGAUCAAUCUAUCAAACGGGCCCGUCACGGUUAUCGGCGGCAGGAGGAUAUGUUUUAUACGGGCCCGUUCGAUAGAUUGAUCUCGUUCGUAAUAUGUUUUAUACUUGUUCGUGUUUAAAUGUAUGUGUUUUUUACGUCCUGUAUUGUUUUUAUAAACAUUUUAACGACGUCAAUUUGACCGACAUGUGAGCAAGAAGUUAUCCUGCUGACUUACGUGAUCAUGGUGCAACUCAGCAUCGAAACCUGGUUGUAGAGUUUUAACGACCAUUUGAGCUUCUGACAAAGGUAACUUAAAACCAUUUAUUAAGUCUUAUAGCUCAGGAGCAGAAAAAACAAAAAUGUUUAAAUUUAAUAAAUUUGUCUUUAGCCUUUUGUUAUGUAAGUAGGACUAACUAACCAAAAGAGUAUAAAAUGUUUUAACUACAUUCAUAAAUACACAGCAUUAAUAAAGGAUUGUAUUGCAUAGAUUUAGCAAUGUAUGUAAAUAAAAUAGUUAAAAUAAGAAACAUAAUGUACUUGUUAGUUCUUAUUUCUGUGACUCUAUUCAUGUAUG